UUUCCAACCAAAAUGCGGGUAACUAAUGCGAGUGUCUCUAAACGGGUAGGAAAAGCAUCGCCAGAAGACGCUCUUAGCCCGCUUCGUAUCAUAUCCGGUGACAGCUCGAGCCCGGAGUCUCUCCGCUACAGAUUUUGUGAUGCCGCCUCCGGCAUCCGCAAUCCCACAGUUCCGCUGCGCGUCAUCCUCCCUCCUCCGCUCAAGAAAAUUAAUCUCCACCAACCCUCACCAUAUCCACUGCCCCAAACCAAUUUCAAGCUUAAAUCUUCUCUCCUCCUCCUCUUCUCCUCCGCGACGGUGGCGAUGCGGCGCCAACUCCGAGGGGACGGGGUCGCGCCCGGAGGAGGAGGCGCUUUCGGGCAUGGUGGACGAGCUGCUGAGGAGGGAGGAGAACAAGGCCCUACUCGACGGGCUCGAGGAGGCCUCCGCCAGGGUGGAGCGGGCGAGGGAGGCUCUCGCGGACAUCGAGCGCCGGGCAGCCGACGUCUUGAGGGCUAAGGAGUACAUGCGCCAGCUCCAAAAUCGCGAGGCCGAGAUUGCACAAUCUCAAAGGGAAUUGUUAGAAGCAAGGGCAAAGGUGGAAGAAGCUCAGCGAUCCCUGUUAGCGAAUACGGAUGACAGCAAUAAUUCUGAUAUUGUCUUCGAAGACAUUAACAAAGAGAAAGAGAGAUUAGAAUCUGCAAAGGCUGCUGUAGUUUCAUCUGUGGUUGGCACACUUGCUAGUGUCCCUAUAUAUCUGUAUCAAGCUACUAGCGUCCCUCAACUUAUUCUUGACUUGGCAGUCAUUUCUAUUAGCUGUGCUUUAUUUGGAGUUACCUUUCGGUACACGGUAAGACAAGACCUGGAUAAUCUUCAACUCAAAACAGGGACAUGUGCGGCCUUUGGUUUAAUCAAGGGGCUUUCGGCAGCUGAGACUGGGAGGAUUCUGAAACUGGAUGCUGAAACUUUCAUCUCAUUUUCAAUUGAUGGAGCAGUGUAUGUGUCAGAGAAUAUCUUUAUCUUUCUUGCUGCUGCUGUUGCUCUAGACUUCUGCUUUAAGAUGAGGGUAUUAAGUCCUUUUCCAACAAGGAGAUAGACCAAGCAAAUUGCGAUUGCAGAUUGAAGCUAGUCUUUUAUAUUCUCGUUCAUUGAAUGAAGCCAUUGUUAUGACAACAACAAAUGUCUCUAGUGCCACUGCAGGCAGGUCUCUAACACUGUGUAAUCAAAGAAUCUGAUGUGCAUAUCAAGAACUUCUGUGAACUUGUUUGAUGCUAUGCGCAUUGGAUUCCUUUCAACAUAGAUCAAUAUUUGAAUCCAA